AUGUAUGAUGAUGAUUUAAAUUUCAAUGAAGAAGAGCAAGAACAAGAAGUAGGCGCUGAUGGUGCUUCAUUGAAAAGUCAUACAGAAUCGAAUUCAUCUACACAAAAAGCAUCACAAUUUUAUGGUUUCAGUAUAUGGUCAUUGAAACCUGCUGCAUUAGCCCGUAGUAUCCAGUUUUCUGAAGAUGAUGCUCGUGUACUUGCUGAACAUCUAUCAACUCAACAGCUACCUGGUCUAUCACCAUUAGAUCAAAUGUAUUUACUUGGCAUAGCUGAUUUAAUGGCUAAAACACAUUCAGAUAUUACUGAUUGCUUGUCAGUAGGCAGUUCUACAAGACGUGAUAGUAAACAGCAUGCAUCAUCAUUACCAAAACAAGCAUCAAUUAAAGAUAGUUCUACUAAACAAGGCUUAGAUGAAUGCGGUUUACGAUUUCUCUUGACUGUUCAACUUUACUCGUAUUUGAGUAAAACACUCCCGCCGGCUCGUAGAGCUCAACUCCUUUCGUCUGGUUUAACUAAUUCUAGUCUUGUUUGGGCGUAUCAUUCUGAUUCACAAGAAGAGUUGUUAUCACGUUUACCAAUUGCUGCUACAACAACAACAUCUACUACUACUACUACUACAGGCGGUGUGAGUAGUAUUGAUGCUUUAGAGUUGAAUUGGCCUGAUUUUAAACGAUACGGUUGUGGUUGGUGGAUUCGAAGUGAAAGUCUACUUAUCCGAUGUGCUGAAAAGAUGGCGCGUACCGCAUUUCAAACCACCAAAGAUCCUAUGGAUGCUGCUGUGUUCUACUUAGCUAUGCGUAAAGCUAAAAUGGUAGCUGCAUUGUUCAAAACUACUGGAAAUAAAACAUUGGAGAAUUUCUUCCGUUCAGAUUUUACACCUGGUCAACCAGCCUGUCGACAAGCGAAGUUGAAUGCCUUUCGUCUACUUAGUCAGCAUAAAUAUCUUCAAGCGGCUGGAUUAUUUCUGUUAGCUGGUUGUUUGGAAGAUGCUGUGCGGGUGUGUUUAGAUACUCUGAAGGACUUACAGCUAGGUGUCCUGAUAGUAAGACUGUAUACAUCAUCGUCACCAGGAAUAUCAGGACAUACAACAGUAUCUGCUUAUCAUGAUUUCCUGAGACAACAUUUAAUCAAGCACGAGGAUCCAUUCUUAAGAAGUAUGGCCUUUUGGAGUUUGCAGACAAAAGAAAAAAAGAAGACAAAUUCUCAAACAAUUCUGCUUUCUGUAUUUAGCAAUUUAUUAACUACAAUUAAUUUUCGAACUGGAAAAUGUGAAUGCAUUUCGUAUACUUACGCUGCUGUCAUAACUACUGGAAAUAAAACAUUGGAGAAUUUCUUCCGUUCAGAUUUUACACCUGGUCAACCAGCCUGUCGACAAGCGAAGUUGAAUGCCUUUCGUCUACUCAGCCAGCAUAAAUAUCUUCAAGCGGCUGGAUUAUUUCUGUUAGCUGGAUGUUUAGAGGAUGCUGUGCGGGUGUGUUUAGAUACUCUGAAGGACUUACAGCUAGGUGUCCUGAUAGUAAGACUGUAUACAUCAUCGUCACCGGGAAUAUCAGGACAUACAACAGUAUCUGCUUACCAUGAUUUCCUCAGACAACAUUUAAUCAAGCACGAGGAUCCAUUUUUAAGAAGUAUGGCCUUUUGGAGUUUAGGUGAUCCAUUAGCUGCUUUACAGACUCUACUGGAAGGUCCUGGAAUCCUAGUGAGUCCUGAUAAUUCAGGUAUUCCUGCGAAAAGAGAUAGUCUAUCGCAGUCGAUUCAACAGAGUCCACAACAUCCACGACAUUUGUCUGGUAAUAAUCAAAUUCCUGGAACUGGUUCUUCUUCUUCAACAACAACAACACCACCAACAAAAUCUGUAUGCCCAAGUGUUUUUAAAUUCUACACGUAUUUACAAUCUCAUCCACUGGUAUUACGUCAACAGCGUAUUGAAGCAGCAAACCUAAUCGAUUCUGGUGCUGUAUAUCGUGUGAAGAGUUUAGAGAGACGUUUAUACUUUCGAACUGCUCAUCAUUAUUUUGUCUUGGGAUGUCCAACAUUAGCACUUGAAGUACUGACUAAACUUCCACCUCUUGAGCUAGUGACUUUUUCAUCAUAUAUGGAUCAUAUACGUAGAAUGUCAACUGGUGGUGACACUGUGACUACUCCAUCUUCAACAUCUAGGCGUCAAUCAGAAAUAUUGUCGGGACAUGUUGGUCAAUCGGAAAUUUCUGCAAAGAAGGAAAGUACUGUGAAAGAGGAUGACGAUAAUCUCUUCACCUUGUCAUUUGAUGAUCCUAUUCAAAAGUAUGAAUCAGCGAAAUCACAAGAUCAAUUCACUCUUCAAUGGAGUGAUGAUGAAGGCGACGACAAUGAUGAUGGUCAUAAGGAUAAAACUGAAGGUGCUGCUGACAAGUCUACGAGAAAUAAUCCUGUUCUUCUUCAACAACAACAACAACAUCGACAACAGACCACAUCUCAGUCAUUGGAUGAUUUCACCAUUGAAGGUCGUGGAGUUGUUGAUUUAAUAGCCAAUCAACUGAAGUUUAUUGCUUGUUUAAAAAUAUUGGCUGAAGAAUUGAGUACACUGGCAGCUGGAGCUGAGUCUGAAGGUGUAUCUCUUCGUCAACAUGUAUGGCAAUGGCUUGAAAAUGAAUUGGCUGUUGUGAAUUCCCUCACUGGUCUAAGCAAGUCUUCUACUCCUACACUUACUGGUGAAAAAGCAACAGAAUACAAUACGAGUGUUGUUUCUUCAGACAAUUCUGAACGCUCUGGUCCGUUAACUUCAACAUCGUAUUUAUUGACAACUAGAAACACUGGUUCUGUUUUAGCUGGUAUAUUUAUGAGUCUAUCGAAUGUUUCAUCAGAGAUACGAGAGGCAGAAUUGAAACGAUUGAAAACACGUUAUGAUUGGAUAAAAACUCAUGAAACCUUUUUAACAUCAUUAAUCAAUUUCUGUGAUUUAUACGGAUCAAGUGGUAUGCGACUGCCAGCUGUACGUAUUGAAUUAUCUCUCCUGUUGAAUGAAUUGUAUUCAUCAGCAUCAUCUUGUCUACCUACUAAUCAAUCCACUGGACAGUAUUCAGCUUACAAAUCGGAUAGUAAUCUUGUUGCGCAUAGUGGUGGGGGUUAUUCUGCUUCACCGCUGAAUUCAUGUUGGCCCAUGUCAGCUGUAGCCUUAAUCGAUGGUAUACCAUUGCUACGUACAGUGAUGCGUUUACCACCUGGUGUAUUACUGUUGCCUGAUUCAGUGAAGCGUAUCAAGUAUAUGGUUCAUGAUUUGAUCACGUGUUUGGAACUCCUGCCUCCACCAUUUCUAGUCAGUGUUCUCCUGCCUUAUCCAUAUCAUUCCCCGCAUGCACAUCAGUGUGAUCAUCAUCAUCAUCGUCAUAAAUCCACAACUGCUGGUAAAAAGUUGAAAUCACACACUUCUGCAAAAGCCUCACAAUCAUCUCCUGCUGGAGCUUAUUAUUGUGCUGAUUGUAUUUGGGCGCCAACAGCGGAUCGUCAGCGUAGAGUAUACCUUUUGCGUAAUUUAUGCGCUGCAUUAUCUGCAUGUAUUCAUCAGUGUUUAUCUGUUGGUGGUUGGCUUGGUCUUGGUUAUCUGUUGGAUGACAAUUCAACGAUGAUGAAUAAUAAUAAUAAUUCAUCACUGACAAAAGUAUUCGCUCUACCAGCGACAAGUUCUAUAAAUGCUCGUUCAGUUGACCGCCUAUGCGUCUCCGGCCAAGUAUUUAGACCAAACACAGAACCAGCUAAAUGGCCUGGUCUUACAUGCUUGAAGAGUUACACCGAUCCACAGGUACAAAGCAGUGCCAUCCAUCCGAGUCAAAUGAUGAUGCGUAUAGCAUCGUCAGCACAGAAUUUAUCCGAUCGUGGUGAAUCUGCUGUGCUAUCAACACCGCCAGUAGUCAUCCAAUCAGUUGACCGGCGUCGAUUAAUCGGCCUGUUGGCUCAAGCUUUAGCUGCCUCCUAUUUCGGUCUACUUGUCUAUGCUUUAUACACUCGUGACACGUCUAUCCUCUACCGGCUGGCAUGUGCACGUUUAGACGCAAAGACAUGGAGUCGUGUAUUCGGUGGAACAUACCGGGCUAAGCCUUAUCGUCCACCAACACAACCGCCUGGCAGCAGUAGCUCGGUAACAUUCAAUUUAAAGACAACGACAACAACAACAGAUAAGAAAGGUGUUGCUCCACCUCCACCGAAACCACCAAGUCGACCUAAACGACCAACUCCAAUUUCUGGUAAACGCGAUCGAUCAAAAUCACGUAGUCCUGAAAAAGCUGUUAUGAAGGCUAGAGAUCGUGCAGUUGCAGCUCUUGAAGUUGCAUCGAAGAUUGGCAGUCCACCAAAGUCAUCUGUCCUAACUAGUCAACAUAUACGCUUUCUAGCGCAUGCUGAAGCUGCCGCUAUAGCCGACUCAAAGGGUGAAACAUACCGACAAGAUACUUCUGCCUCAAAUGAACAACAGGCGACAACAGGAGACCAACAACAACAACAGCAACAGCAAGCAUCGGUCAGCCCUGAUGAAUGGUUCAUCUUUGCACAAUCUUCCAUACUGUCAUGUCUUCUUGAACGUCCUCCUAAACAAACCGACUUGCCUGCUGACGCUGAUCCAAAUCAAAUGAUGAUGUAUGAUUCUGAUGCAAGUGAACCAUCAGCAAAUACUACGCCUGGAGGUGGAGAGUACUUUACAUAUCAAGAGGCGUUAACUAAACACCAGCAUUGUAUCAAUCGUGUUCGCCGAUUUAUUAAACAAUCCCAACGGAUAAAACAACGUAAACGCUUGCAACAUCGUGUUAGACAUUCACUACAUUAUAGAUUAACUGGAAAAUUUACAAAUAACAGUCAUGAGGAUGCCGAUGGCGCUGAGGAAGAGGAGGUGGAGGAGGAUGGGGAAUGUCAUGAUCUCACCGACAAAGAUGACAGUGAUCUCGAUAAUAAUGAUGGAAAGGAUGAUAAAGACGUUAUUCCAAUCGAUAAAUUAUACUUACCGCCAAAAUCAUCUCUGUCGUCACCAGAAGGAAAAACUGCACAGUCUGUUUCACAGGAUGGCAGUUUAAAUCAAUUAUUGUUAAAUCUAUCAUCGGAUUUACAACCUCAAUGGAUACUGAGACGACUUCAUUUAAACCCGGAUUUCAUGGAUACAUGGUGGGGUAGUGAAUUAGAAUGUGAAUUCUAUGCAGCUCUGAAUGAGUUGACUACUGAGUCAACAGAAAAAGGACAAACAAGAACAACAACGGCAACAAGCUUGAAAGAUUUCUACGAUUACAUGUCAAGCAGUGGGGAUGCAGGCGGCGGUGACAAAAAUCCUCCUGGUAAUGAUGAUUUUAAUGAGGAUGGCGGUGCCGAUGAUGGUGUUGGUGGCGUUGACGAGGAUGAGGAUGAUUAUGAUGAUGAAGAUGAUAAUUUGAUUGUUGAUCCUCUUGGUUAUCGUAAAUUAACCGUAUUUGAACGUGAACGUCAUUGGGCGCAUAGUGAUAGUUAUGCUUGGCGGUUAAUUCGUCUAGGUUUAAUGCAAUUGGCUAAACGGGAAUUGAAUAGGCUUAUACAAAUAGUGGAUUUUAAUAGUGAAGAUUUAGCUGUAUAUGCACCAGGCUUGAUGACAUUAACUCGUCAAGUUGACUGUUGGAUCACUGGUUAUCGAUUAGAGUUGACUUCACCGCCAGCAAUUAAUCCAGUACAGUUGAAAUUAGGACUUAAAGGUUUUAUAGAUGAACAUCUUAUUCCAUCAGCAGAAUUUUUACCAAAUAUUGAUGAAGAUAUCACGUCGACUGGUUUACAAUCUACCAUUGCUACCAAUACCAGUGGUAUCAGUAAUAUUAGUAGUGCAAAGAACAGUAGUGAAAUAUCCAAUGAAUUAGCACCUUCACAAGCUGCAACACGAUCUAUGUUGCGUAUGAAAAAAUUAUUGAAUACUAAAAAAACACCUUUUCAAACACAUGAUCCCUUCUCUUUACCUGUAAAAUGUUUAUGGUGUUAUCUGGUAAGACAACCAGAAGUGGAUGAUAUGUUUCUACGACAUAUAUUCCGUAAACCAUGCGUUGUCCAAUCGACAAUUACAUCACAGAUUAAAUUCUCCUUGCCAACUGGAUCCUCGAACAUCUUAUCUGGGAUGGCUAAAUCAACAUCAUCAUUGAAUUUAAAGGGUAUUACAUCUUCUACUUCUAAUAUUGGUAUGGCUGGUGCUAAUACUCCUACUCCUAGCACUACUACCGGCACCACCACUCCUGGAGGUGUUCUACUGACGGAUAUGUCAAAAUCCUCGGGAAAACAAACUCGUACACAACAACAACAGCAGCAGCAAUCUCAAGCUUCAAGUGGAAAUCAAACAAAUUCAACUGCUUUACUCCUAGAUGAUGCUGUUCGCCUUAUUCAUAAAGAACACGACCCACUGAUUGCUAUGUGUAUUAAUCAGGUUAACUUCAAUGCAAUAGCCAUAGCUACACCGAAAGAGAUUAUUGAAUUAGAUAUUGAAAAUUUAGUCAAUCUACCACCAUGGUAUGCUGAUGAAGUUGAAUACGACUUGGAGUCAAUGCGUCGGCCUCAAACACGUCGAUAUCCUGAAGGUGGAACUGAUGAUUUUAUUGUUUGUGAUACCGCUGGCGGUGGAGGUGGUGGUGGUGGUUCCUCGACGAAGUAUGGUGGUGUUGAUCAUCCAUCAGAGAUGACUACAGCAUCGAAUAUAACGUCAUCAUCAACAAGUGGGUUGUCCUCGGUUGGUGAUAGUAGCUCUUCUGGUUCAGGUUCACAUGUGUUCCGUAGUAUGCACCUCCAUCCUCUACACGCGAAUUUGGCAAAUUUAUCUAAACAAGCGUUGGAACGCAGCAGACGUCUAGCCACUACGAUAUUGAAACGAACACUUCCAGCUGUCUACAGUUUAGCGUCACAUCCAACAAUGCCAUAUUACUUAUCCGGGACAGGUACUGGUUCAGUGCAUAUGUUCGAGUGGUCAACGCCUGUCCCUGUUGUUGCUGGUUUUACAAACACUUUCAGUUUGACAGCUGCUGGUGCAUCAGGACAAUUUCCAGCUGGUUCUAGAGGUGCUCGUGUCACAGCACUACAAUUCGAUGAUAGUGGAUAUCGAUUUGGUUGUGGUGAUGCUGAAGGGAAUUUCGGUCUAUGGAAUUUAUAUUCAACUAUGCCAGGGAAAUUGCCAUACUUUCGUUGUCGUUGCCAUGCCAAAGGCUUAGCUGAUUUCUGUUUCUUAGGCUGUAGCAGUCUGAUAGCUACAGUCGGUAAUGGUGGCAUAUCUACGGCGUCAUUUACAAGUAGUGGACUUGUUGAAAGCACUGGUUCCACUGGCAUUGGCAGUGGUGGGGGUGGUGCUGGAGGUAUAGCACAUUUCUCUUCUUCUUCUGGAAGUGGUAGCAGUUAUUCUUCUUCUACCGGGAAUAUCAGUUUAGAUCAAGAUGCUUCUCAUUUGACUUUAUGGGAUACAUUGUUACCCGUCAAUCGAUGUGGUGUUAUUCGUGUUCUUGAUCCUGAAUUGGAUGCCCCAUGCACAUCAAUAGCCUAUUGUGGUGCAUUUUCACAAGUGAAUCGAUGGCCACACAGUACCAGUAGCCUUUAUAAUACUGCAGAAACUUCGACGUCUUCUUCUACAAAACGACUUUACACUGGUGACAGGACUGUAAUUGUUGGCAACAAGAAUGGUGAUGUAUGCAUUGUUGAUUUGAGGCGACCAAAAGUAUUGCAUAAAUUCUCAGCGCAUGAAUCAGCUGUACGAACUCUGUGUAUUGAUCCUAUGACAGAUUGUCUAAUGACUGGAGGAGCUGAUGGAAUUGUUAAAAUAUGGAGAUUAUCUGAGCAAGAAUUGAUUACCAGUUUCUGUGGUGAUCUAAAUCCCACACGGGGUGCUGCAGUUGUCGCUGCUGCUGCUUUAUUCCGUGGUAAUCAGUCAGCAGCGAUUAUUGCUGCAACAAAUCCAGGCAUAUCAGAUAUACGUUUGCUGCCGACAGUGACAGGUGCAUCAUUAUUACUACGUCGUCAUCAUUCAUCAAACAACACAAUGACUGCAACAACAACAACAACUACCAGCAGCAGUAACAAUAAUCCUUUCAUAAAAGAAUAUGACCCAUCUGUCGAUCUAACUGGUUCAACUAGUCAGAGUCAAAAACACUCGAUAACUGCUGCAUCUAUAGCCUGUCGAUUCUUGAGCUGUGGUGCUGACGGUGGUCUACGUAUGCGUUCAUUGGUUGUUCGUCCAAAACCUUUUAUGGUGCAUUAA